AGGACAAGUGUCACGCUGCACCUCCAUGGCAGAGCAGUGAGCGGGACUCGAACCCAGAGGACUGAACCGACGGAUGUUAUUGAUGUUUUUUGUGUUUUGAGAUUCACUCCUUCUUCGGGAUCUUGCUCUGUAACGAUGCUGAAAAUGACGGAGGAGCAUGACAAGUGCGAGCAGCCGUGCAGCCCGACCGGGACCAACAGCUCCAUGUCCCAGGAUGAGUCCGACUCCGAUGCUCCGUCCUCCCCCACUGGCUCCGACGGUCCAGCCUCUUUGCUCGCCGGCUUGGGCAAGAAAUUAGACUCCGAGGAUGACGAGCGGUUCCCGGCGUGCAUACGGGACGCAGUGUCGCAGGUGCUGAAGGGAUAUGACUGGUCGUUGGUGCCGAUGCCGGUGAGGGGCAGCGGGUCGAUGAAGAGCAAGCCACACGUCAAGCGACCCAUGAACGCUUUCAUGGUCUGGGCUCAGGCGGCGCGCAGGAAGCUCGCGGACCAGUACCCGCAUCUGCACAACGCGGAGCUGAGCAAGACUCUGGGCAAACUCUGGCGGCUGCUUUCUGAGAGUGAAAAGAGGCCGUUCGUCGACGAAGCAGAGAGGCUUCGAGUUCAGCACAAGAAAGACCAUCCGGACUACAAGUACCAACCGAGGCGACGGAAGAAUGUGAAGCCCGGCCAGAGUGACUCUGACUCUGGGGCAGAGUUGGCACACCAUAUGUACAAAGCUGAGCCUGGGAUGGGAGGACUCAUGACAAACGGACACCAUCACCCUGAACACACAGGGCAGCCACAUGGUCCUCCCACUCCUCCGACAACCCCCAAAACAGAGCUGCAUCACGCCCUCAAGCAGGAUCUUAAACACGAGGGCCGUCGCCUGGUCGACAGCAACAGGCAAAACAUCGACUUCAGCAACGUGGACAUCUCUGAGCUCAGCACGGAUGUCAUCAGCAACAUGGAGACCUUCGACGUGCACGAGUUCGACCAGUACCUCCCGCUCAACGGCCACGCUUCCGGUUCCUCAGAGCACGGCCACAACACUGGCUCUUACACUUCCUCUUACAACCACGCAGCUGGAUCGGCGUGGAGUCGCAAGGGCAACAUGUCGUCCGCUUCUCCGUCCGCCAGCGACGCGGGUCAGCACCGGCUCCAUAUCAAAACAGAGCAGCUGAGCCCGAGCCACUACAGCGAGCGUUCGCACGGGUCUCCCUCCCACUCCGAUUACAGCUCCUACAGUAGCCAGGCAUGCACCACCUCGGCUACCUCAGCCGCCUCAGGCUCCUUCCCCACAUCCCAGUGUGACUAUACUGACCUGCAGAGCUCCAACUACUACAACCCGUACUCCAGCUACCCCUCCAGUCUCUACCAGUACCCGUAUUUCCACUCCUCCAGGCGGCCCUACAGCAGCCCCAUCCUCAACAGCCUGUCCAUGGCGCCCACUCACAGCCCCACCGCGUCUAACUGGGACCAGCCCGUCUACACCACCUUGUCACGACCUUGAGAACAAUCGGAAACUCUUUCAGAUCGAUGCACUACUAACGAAAAACGAGCAGCAGGGAGUCGAACCUGCCAUUUGAAGGUGGAACAAAAAAAAAAGAAGAAGUGCCUGCUGAUUUUAUACAAAGUUAUAUUGUUGCAAUGACACUUGUAUAGACUUUUUACAUGAAGAGAAAUGUGUUAUUGGUGAGCCAAACUCCUCCAUGAGGACACGUCACUCGCAUCCUCUUGUACAUCGGAAUUCUCCUUCAUUUACGUGUACAAAAAUAAGGACUAACUAGUCACAGCUUCACCGCAACCUUAACUAAAUUUUUAAGUGUCAAAAGUCUUAUGUAUUUAUGUUUUUUUUUUUUUGUGUGUGUGUGUUAUUGAGUUUUCUAGUACACACAUACGAUGUGCGUUUGGUUUUCUAUCUUUUUGACAUCUGCUAUCAUUCCUUACAAAAGACACAAUUCCAGAAGCGACACCAUUCCGAGGUGGGACCAGGGCAUCGCGCGGGACUGAACAGGUGCCUGGGAGCGAAGCUUGGCCAAUUGCGAUUAGUCAUGACGGAGGGUUAAAGGAAAUGGAGUAAAAUAACACCACCGUCUCUGAGUGACACGUCAGCUGGACGCAUGGGUGCAUGCGUGUAUCUGCGUGCGUGUUGGUGCGCAGCUUACUCAGGCAGCAAAUACGACCCCCCAACUAAGUAUUUAAAUCUCACCCACCUUAAAGUGCCGACUCAUCGCCGCAGCUUUUAUUGCCUUUUAAUCUUUCCUGUCAGUAUUGAUGAUGAUUUACUAACAAAAACGCACCACCGUUGUGGCGGUUUCUUAAUGAGACAGCAUUCCUUACAGCCUGCUGGAUGUUUUUGCCGCUGAGAGCAACUGGUCCAAGUUUUUCUUUUUUUUUUUUGUAUAUUUUCAGGAUGUAUAUUUUCGAGGCAGGCUGUAAAAUUAACCGGAGUUUCACAUGCACAGCUAACCCACCUUCUGGCCGUUUCCUUUCUUUUUAAAAAAGAAUAAAAUGUGUUUCUUUUUCUGGA